AAGCCCUUCAAAUUUGUCACCUUCCCAAGGGUUAACCUAACCCAUUACCCGUUGCCCAUUGCCAUCAUCAAAGAUGGAAGAAUCGACAUUGGAGCAAAAGCUCCAUGCUUUAACCCACAUCCUGACAUGCCCCACAAUCUCACCACCUCUCCAAUCUCAGCUCUUCAUCUCCACACAAAUCCCAUGCUUCCUCAACUGGGAUUUCCCUCCAAUUCUGUGCAAUAAACCCAAUUCACAUGCCUUCCCUUCCCUACACCUCCAAUGGGGAUUCUCUCUUUUCCUCAAAAGGGUCUCAAGAUUGGGUCUUCCCGAAACUUCCUGGAGGUCCAAGUGCCCUUACACCCAGCCCCCACCGUUGAUUCUGGCCAAGGGAGUGGAUGAAGCUCAGUGGGGUGAUGCCCAGAAGACGGAGUAUCUUAGGAAGAGGCUAAGAAGGAAACGCCUUGGAAGCGAUAUCAACCCUUUGAUUCCCAUUUUGAUUCCUGAUGCAUUAUUGUUCUCCCUGCUCUUGUUUAAUCCAUUUCCUCUUAAAGAUGAUUGACUAAUUUCGUGUAAUAAUAACCACUAGA